UACUCUAAAGUUGUUAUUUGUAGAUAAGGGAUAUCUCGGUUAACAGUUCAAUAUCAUUUAAAAUAUUAUUUUAUUAACUGUAAUAAGUGCUUUGAUGUAAUUUGUUAGUGCAAAGUGAAAAUGAUUAGAAGUUUAAUAAUAUUGUUAAUAAUGGGAGCUACCUCUGCUGUGCUCAAGUACAAAUUAAACAAUGGAAGAGAUAUGCCAGCGAUCGCUCUCGGAUCAUAUUUGGGAUUUGACGAGCAAGGAAUAGUCCGCUCCUCUAAUAAGCAACUUCGAGAUGUCGUCUUGCGAGCCAUCGAGCUGGGAUACCGCCAUUUUGAUUCCGCAUCCUUGUAUGAGACGGAGCCCGAAAUUGGCGAAGCGAUCCGUAUGAAGAUUGAAGAGGGAGAAAUAAGUAGAGAGGACGCGUUCGUUACUACUAAGUUGUGGGUCACACAGCACAGAAGAGAACAAGUUCCUGUAGCUUUGAAGACCAGCUUGACGAAGAUGGGUUUGGAUUAUGUCGAUUUGUAUCUCAUGCACUGGCCAAUUGCAGUUAAUGAGGAUUACAGCUAUAAUGAUGUGGAUUAUAUGGAGACCUGGAAGGGAAUGGAAGACGCACAAAACCUCGGGCUGACUAAGGCCAUCGGUGUAUCCAAUUUUAAUCAGACCCAGCUGAUUCGAUUGCUUGAUGAAGGGAGUGUUAGACCUGCAGUACUUCAGAUAGAAAACCACCCUCAAAUAACCGAACAGGACCUGGUGAACUUCGCCCAGAAAGAAGGAAUUACCGUGAUGGGGUAUUCACCCCUCGGUUCACUGGUUCCAAGAUAUGGUAUGCAGUUACCUGGACCAAAGAUGGAUGACCCCAUCUUGGUGGAGAUUGCUAGGAAGUAUGGGAAGACCGUUCCUCAAGUCGUUUUGAGGUGGUUGGUCGACAGAAAACUCGUUCCUGUAACGAAAACUGUUAAAGUCAAGCGUCUGAAGGAAAACAUUGACAUUUUCGACUUUUCACUGACAGCCGAGGAAAUAGCAAGAAUCAACAAAUUCGACGAACACAAAAGAUUCACUAUACCAUCUUUUUGGCAGGAUAACCCAAAUUAUCCGUUCGAGAAAAUAGAAAAUCCCGUUCAAAAUCCAUUUGUAGCAAUAAAGAGUAAAAAUUUAACUAAUUAAUCAGGAAGUUUAAGUAUUUAUGCAAAGAUACAUUGUACAUUAUAAAUAAUAAUAAAAAAUAACAAUGAAAAGAAUGAAACAAAGAUUGAAAUAACAAUGAUUGCAAGUCCUUGUCUAAGAUUCAGAAAGUUGACAAACGGCACUCAUAGUUCGCGUCAAGUAUCCAGUGACCUGUCAAGUAUCCUGUGUCAAUAAUUGUCAUACGUCUAAACAUUUGUUAUUAAUUUAUAUAUUUAUAUAUAGUUAUUCAAUGUUAAGCAUUCUCCCUUGUUAAGUUCCAUCUAAAUAAAUGCAAAACAUUAUUUAACUAAUCGUAUAAGAUCUGUGUAAUUAUUUAACCGUGCGAAAUAGUUAAAAAUUCUUGCCUAUAUAACUUUAUUUAUUUAUACUCUUUAGUGACGCACUCAUCCGACACUUCACGCUUCAAACGCAAUUUAACGGAAAGAGAGACAAAAGAGUGCGAUUAGACUUGUCUAUAAAUAAAAUGUAAAUAACGAUAGCGAGUGGUGCGAUGCAGUUUUAGUUUGCGCGCCAAUACAGAGCAACACAGCUGCGACAGAUUUCGCCCUUUUUAAUUUUUAUACUAUGAAUGACAUCUAAUUAGAUGUUUUGAAUAUAUUAGUCAACCGCAAAAGUUACUCAUAUAUAAGAGCAACAAUUAGCAACAUUUUUACAUUUUAGAAAAGACCCAAAUAUAAUAAUUGCUCUCUACUUUGAUUGCCUUUUGAUAGGACCUAAUAAUAUCAAUUACAUUGUAAUAACAUUUAAAAUAUUUUAUAAAAUACAUAGUAAGUACAACAUCGUAUUCAAUAAAACUUCCCAAGAAUUUAUAA